AUGCAGCUGCCUAUCACUGACAAAAUCCUCGACGACGACCGCGACAGUAACGACAAGAUCCCCAACAUUCCCUUCGAGGUUGGCCUAUACGGCGUCACCAGUCGCACUUUAAUCGUCGGCAUCAACGGCUAUGUCUCGCCCGGCUCUAGAGACUCAGGUGCCUAUACCAAUGGGUCGUUGCCUAACGAUGGAGCUGAUGUUCCUUCGUGGGUUCCGUACUGGUCGGACUUGUACAUCUACAGCGGCACAGCUCAGGGUAUCUACCAGCAGAUCGACGGAGAUGAGAAUCAUCGCACUCUUUCGAUCGAGUUCUUUAUGUCAUUCUACGGAGCUUCAUCUUCUUACACCCAUUUCAUGGUCACUCUCUUCGAAGAAGACAUCGGGCGCGUGGUAUUCAGCUACUUCCAGACAGCAAGUCAGAAACCCGGAGGCCAAUCGAAUUACGGCACCAUUGGCGUGCAAAGACCUGCCACCGGCGAAUACAACCAGUACUCUUUCAAUGUGCAGCCUCGCGAAGGUCUGACGAUUGAGUGGAGACCCUCCACCAACCAGUGGAGGGAUGUCAGCACAGGUACUUGUUAG